CUCACACGGAUAAAGUUAUUAAGGCGUGGUCCUCAGUUCUGUUCUUGUCUUUUCACUGAUUUAUCUUGAGUUAGGGAGCUGGACAGAGAGUUAGAGAGGAGAGACUUACAGAGAGACAGACAGACAGACUUAGGGUGUGAGAGUUAAGGCGAGAGACGGUGAGACUCCAUGAGAGAGAGAGAGAAACAGAUAGAGAGCGAGAAAGUAUGUUUGAGAGAGAUAGAGAGCGAUAGAGAGAGAGUGACUUACUGAGCAAGAGAAUAGGAAUUAAAAGAGUAGUGAGGCCUGUAUAGGAUGUCAUGGUAGACUAACACGUAGACCUGUCAGCCAAGCUCCAUGGUGAGGAAAGAUCUGCACCGUCUGCCUGUUCAGACCCAGAGACAGAGACACAGUGGUCACACCCUGCAGCCUGAAGGAGAAAGGAGAGAGUGAGGGAGGGAUCUUGGCACACCAGCCUCACACAGGACGUCCACAGAGUAGAGAAAGAGAACAUGGAGACCCUCAUCAUCAAGAAUGAAGAGAAUACAGAAGAGAGUCAUCCCACAACUGGAAGCCAAGAUGUCACCACAUCCGUGAUAAACGUGUGGGACCUGAACCUAAACCAGAACCAGGAACAAGGGGACCCAACAAGAACAGACGAUAAGCCAGGGGAGAACACCCAGCCUCAGAACCAGGAACAAGGGGACCCAACAAGAACAGACGAUAAGCCAGGGGAGAACACCCAGCCUCAGAACCAGGAACAAGGGGACCCAACAAGAACCGGCGAUAAGCCAAGGGAGAACACCCAGACCCAGACAGUCUCUAGCGGGUUUACUGUCACCACAGAGGAUGUGCUGUGUGACUCCUGCAUCGAGAUCCCGUGCCGGGCCCAGAAGUCCUGCCUCACCUGCCUGGUGUCGUACUGCGAGGCCCACCUCAGACCCCACCUGGAGAACCAGAGGUUCCAGAACCACCGACUGGUGGAGCCCUUACAGGACAUCGAAUGUCUCACCUGCGAGGAGCACCGGCUACCGCUUGAACUGUACUGCCUGACGGACGGCUGUGGUGUGUGUGUGUGCUGCGAGUGUGAGGGACAGGGGCAUCUGGGGCACAGUACUGUAUCUGUAGAGGAGGCUCGAAGACAGAUCGAGACAGAGCUGCAGAAGAAACAAGGGGAGAUUAUGAAGACCGUCUCAGUUGCGGAGAAUGCCAUUGGCAAGCUACAGAGCAACACUUCAUCCAUAGAGAGCUCUGUGGCAGGGGUACGUGCUGUGAUGGAGCAGCAGUUCUCCCUGCUGCGGGGGGCUGUGGAAGAGGUCCGGAGGGGGGCCACAGAGGUUCUGGAGGGGGAACAGAGGCAGGCGCUCAGCCAGGCCGAGGGCAUCCAGACCCACCUGGAGCAGAAGAGCCUAGAGCUGAAGAAGACCCUGGCCAGAGUGGAAAGACUCUUCAGGAACAAGACGGACGUGGACUUCCUGCAGGAAUACUCAGAGUGGAAGACGGGGGCAGUGGAUGUCUGUCUGCCUGAGGUCUGCAUUGGCCUCACAGAUCGCCUGGCCUCCUUCAGCUGCCUGCUCACUGAGUCCACCCAGGAACUGUGUGACCAGCUCAAAGCUACCUACAGGAACAAACUGAAGGACAUCUGCAAGACUGAGAAACUGGGCAUUACAACCAUGGUCCAUCCCAAGAUGCCUGAGCCUGAGACGCGAGAUGACUUCCUCAAGCAUGCCAGCAGUCUGACCUUUGACCCAGACACUGUCCACAAGUUCCUGAGACUAACGGAAGACAACAGGAAGGUGACCAACACCACGCCCUGGCAGCACAGCUACCCAGACAUGCCCGAACGCUUCGAGUACUGGCGUCAGGUGAUGACCUCAGAGAGCCUCUACCUGGGCCGACACUACUUUGAGGCAGAGCUGAGCGGGGAGGGCGUGCACGUGGGACUCACCUACAAGAGCAUCGACCGGAAAGGCGUGGAGAGCGGCAGCUGCAUCACAGGAAAUUACUUCUCGUGGAGCCUCGGAAGGGAGGGGCGGAGCUUUUCCACUUGGCAUGCUGAUAUGGAGGCUGUCGUGGAAGCCACAAGAGUGUUCACAAGGAUUGCCGUCUACAUUGACUUUGACUCAGGCUCAUUAGCUUUCUAUGGUGUGACUGACGCCGCUAUGACACUCCUCUACAGGUACAAGGCUGAGUUCAUGGAGCCCUUGUAUCCUACUGUCUGGCUCUCAAAGAAGGACAAUGUGGUGUUAUUGAUCGGCCCUAAGGACCCCCCACUAAUGAAGAGCUCAACUCUGCCUGCCACCCCCAUCACUCUCAUAGCAACAUCCGCUCCUGUCACUCCGGAAUCAUAAUACUUUGACUGCAGUAGUGUAGUUAGGCUAGAGAGGCGGACCAGUCCACAUUUCUGUUCCCCACAAAUAUAAUAAAGUAUCUAUUCUAUUCAUAAGAAGUUGCCUGAAGUGACUGAUACUGUACUUAUUUAACAGGACACAGCAUCGAGUAUCACAAGACAGCAAACACAGACUUCACAGGGGGUGUCUGCUCUCAUCUAGUGGUGAUAUGGAACAAAACAUCUUGUGUUGGUAUGACACUGAGGGAUUGAUUAAUAACUUUUUAACUGCUCAUUUUAUUGGAUCUGGUUAGCAAGUGACUGACUUACUAACUGCUGUGAUUGGUCUGGCAAUUGGCAAUAAAAAGUACAUUAAGUGUUCACAUACUAUGUU